UUCUUUUUUUCUCAUCUUUUUUUUUUUUCUUAUCACUUUUUUUUUCGUUAUGGAGUCUAUCGAUAAACGUGUAAAACACCACCAAAAAAAAUCAAUACAUUCUACUCCUAUUUCACCACCACCUUCACCACUUGACACGACUCGCGGCAAAAAUGUUACUAUUGACGAUGAAGGUUUCAUUAGUGUUACAAACGAUAAACGACGUUGGACUGACUCUAAACGAAAAACUAGUAAAACAUCUGAUGAUCCUUUUGCUGGUAUGAAAACUUGUAUCAACUAUCAACAAGAAAUUGAACGACUCAAGGCUUUAGUACCCAAAGUGGAUGUGAAAAAACGUUCUUCUCAACGACCUACAUCUAUAACAACCAUAUCACCACGUCUUAUUCCUACUUCUUCUGUCAACAUUUCUUCUUCUUCAUCACAUACCUCUUCAUCAUCAUCUGCAUCCUCUUGUGUUUCACUCUCAUCAGCAUCAUCUGCAACCAAUUCACCACCUCCUAUCAAUAAUACUCUUUCGAAUUCAUCGUCAUUAUCAGAUCAUGAUACUUAUUGGCAAUCUUCACCAUUGGAAAAAGAUUCUAAUAUCAUUGAUCGUACAACAUCUUCUCUUCAUAAACCUUCAUUGGACAAACAAUCCGUCAUCACUGAUGAAGAAAAAGCAAGAUUCUUGGAAUUUAUGCGUAAUUGGACUGGUGGUUUGAAUGGAUGGAAUGAUCAUGUUACCGAAAAGAAUGCUUUGUGGCGACAACGACGUACUACACCAUUAUCUACUAGAUCUGAACCUUCUUCACCUCGUCAUGAGUCUCUGCAUCAACCAUAUCACCCAUUUGUUUCUUAUCAUUUACAACAAUCUCAUUAUUUACCUACUAUAUCACGACAACAACAUUUGUAUCCUACUAUGCAUCAACAAUAUCAUUUAUCACAUCAACCAUCUAUGGAAUGUAUGACCCCUUCUUCUUCUGUUGGUACUAUUGGGGAUCGUCAUUAUUCUUUUCAAGGUCGGGUGGGCUCUGAUCAGGUGUUACGUUCAAGAUCCUCCAAUCCUUUUGGUGUCUCCGUCAUGUGAAUGUCACUUUUUCUAUAGUCCUCAUCCUCUUUUAUUUACUUCUCCUCCUCAAUAACUUCUUUUACUUAUUUACUAUUUAUAUAUUUCAUAUUAUCAUUUUUUUUUUUUUUUACUUUAUACAUCCUUUUACUUUUUAUUCCGAAAUGUACACACUCAUAUUUUUUUUAUUUUAUUUUUUUUUUUUGGUUAGCAAACUCUAUAUUUUUGUUUCUCAUUCCCCCUCUCUACUUCCC